GCGAGAGGCCGCGAGAGAUAAGUCGAUGAAAUUAGAGGUUUUACUCCGUAAACUGGUGCUUGUUCUACUGAUUUCUAAUCACUAAGGGCUUCACAGGGCUGUAUUUCAGCUAUUCUCUUUGCUUUUGGUUUGCAUGAGAGGAAGUUUAUGUCGCACUAUGGAGCAUCCGUUUCGUGGAAUGUUGUUUUGAAGUAGCUUACUUCUUGCUUCGCUCACGGGAAGCCCGAAGGUUUUAACCUUUACUUCGAUAGUUGCGUCGGAUGUGUUUGCUGGAUGGUUCUGUGUCGACGCCCAUUGAUCAGUAGAAUAUCAAUUCACGAGUCUUCUAUUUUCCAGAUAAUAAUAAUUGGAAUUUACGUGCAUAAAGUGCGGUGUUCGCCUUUGUUGAAUUGGACAUAACGCUCGGCGGCCCAUAUGUGAGUCUAAUAUUAGAGUUCUUCUGGGCAGGUCAAUGCAGUUUUUACUCCUUCGUUGAUCUGUGAUUUGGUGAGGAGUUCAGCAUCAGUUAUGUUGUGAUUUUCUUACCUCAGAAGCGCUACAAGUUAUUUGUUAUUUGGAAUAUAAACGAUUAAUUACGAAUUAUCAACUGGAGUAAUUUAUUUCGACGUGCUCAAGAAUUGCGGCUUUCUUUUGCGUCCGGUACAAGUUCACUAGUUGCAUUGCUGACUGUACCUUGUCUGUACUGGCUCUUCAUCAUGGGUUAAAUUUAACCUUUGUUCACUGACAUAUGGCUUCUAUUAGAGGCAACGUUGAGGAAAGUGAACUGGCUUGGCAACAAAAGAAAGACAUUGGACAUAACCCAGGAUAUCUCCCGCCCUCAAAGCUGAUAAGUUUGCAUCGUCAAAGCAAUGGAUUUGGAUUCACAUUGCGACACUUUGUUGUUUACCCUCCAGAACUGAUUAGAAAAACAAGUGAGCCUGACCCAGGUGUGAAUGGCAUUGAUUACCAUGUUGAUGACGCUGAGAGGCAAAAGUCACAGCCCAUGGACACAGUCUUUGUGCGGCAAGUUGCACCCAGUGGCCCUGCUGACAGGGCUGGACUUUCCACAGGUGAUCAAAUUGUUUCUGUUAAUGGCCAUCCAGUAUUGGGAAAGUCGUAUUCACAAGUGAUUGAGCUCAUACUUUCAAGCCAAGAACUCUUGGAACUAGGCAUCAUACCAAAAGAAGAUUGUGUUCUUCAAAUGGUGACUCCCACACUGUCCUCUAUUCCACCAAGCAUAUCUGUUGGCUCCCAUGAAUUCACCAGUCAGUCACCACCUCCUGUCAAGCCCAAACCAGCAUACAGGAGACUUUCGAGCCAUGACAGCCCAACAAGAGUCAUGUCCACCAUGACCAUAAACCCAGCCAACUCAUUUUAUUUGAAAUUGUCAGACAAAGAUUCUCAGAGCUCUGCUGUCCACGAUAGAGGUAGUCCUUCUCCAAGUGUCACCCUUAGGCGUGGUUCUGUAGACAGGACUGCAAUGGAGAACAGGAGUUUUGUUAUCACCUCGGAGAGUGCUCCUUACAACAAUAAUUUGAAGUCUAGAAGUUCAAGUGCAUUGGAAAGUAGCUCUGUGAAAUCCCCACAUAUGGAUGGCUCUUAUUUUAUGGCUGCUACUGAUUCCACUGGAAGGCCACUUGCUCUUCGUUUUGACAAAGGCUCCAAAAUGGGAAACACUUUGACAGUCCUGGAAGAUUCCUGGACUAAAAGUCGGUCCCAUUCUCUUCCAGAGGGAGAAAUGCAAAAUCUUGAAGAUCAAAACAGGAGUCCUGGUGGGAUAUCUGAGCUAAAAAAAGUCAAUUCUGUAAAUGAUAAGUAUGCAUCAAAUAGCAAAGAGCGUGGUUCACUUAACAUACCUCCAUUCAUGCUGUCAGCACCUAGAACUGUGGCUUCAGACAGCACUUCAACAACCUACAUGAAUACAAGCCUUGACAUGGGCUCUCGUCAGCCAGUGGCAACAGAUCCAGGUUACAGAAAGAGUCACCCUUCCCAUGAGGAGACCACGUCAUAUUUAAUCAGAACUAUUGCCUCUCACAUGAACAAGAAUAGUCCAGGGGGGUUAAAAUCAUCCACAGUGGGGGCCACACUUCUUGAAAGUAAAGAAGGGCUGCCUCAUAGACAGAGUGGUGAUAGUGGGAGGUGGUCAUCACAAACAAACACGGAAAUGCAAAGAGACUCCCAAUCUCCUCAUCCAGCCAAAGUGCCACGGCAGAGUGAGGACCAUGUGAAACAAGCUGGGUAUUCAAGUCAGCUAUCUGUCUAUCGAAACAACCCCCCUCUUGAUGAAAUGACUGUCAUGCGAACAGUUGGACAUGCUGUAUCUGAACCAGAUCCAUCUGCAGCAAACAAACAAGGCAGUCCAAAGCCCAGGCGAGUGUCCUAUCUAAUGGCAACAUCCAAAGGUGCUUCCUCUUCUUCUCCAUCAGACCAGAAAAUUUGGUCCACUGCUCCCCAAAGCAAAGGAAAGUCACCCUUGGUUGAAGCAUUUUCUAAUAUGUUACCACCAGUUAUGGUGCAUGUUUCAUCUGGAAUGGAGCUCUGUGAGGAUGUCAAUGGGGAUGAAGGGAUGGACAUUCCAGCCAGUGAACAAGAGGAUGAGGUACAGUGCAAUUCAGAUGUAUUUUCAGGCACUGGUGAUGAAAAGUCUUCAAAUGAAGGUACAGCCCAAAGAACAAAUAGACGUAUCUCUUACGUCAUGGCAACGUCAUCUCCAACAUCAAAACAUGAAGCAUCACUAGAAGCUACAAAGGAAGAAGAGGAAACCAAAGAGAGAAAUGAUCAAGUUCCAGGAAUAUUGGAGGUGUACAAGGAAGGCCUUCUCUCUAGAAAACUAGCAGUGGUGGAUGGAGGCAAGCGUUCAAGUGCACGGUCUUGGAAACCUGUGUAUGCUGUUCUUAGAGGCCAUGUUCUCUAUUUGCAUAAAGACAAAAACUCUGCUCAUCAGGAGGAGAGUUCUGAUGAACAGCCCAUCAGUAUCAAGUCAAGCAUUGUAGAUAUUGCCCAUGACUACACUAAAAGAAAGAAUGUUUUUAGAUUGACUACAUUCAAUGGAUCAGAGUUCUUAUUUCAGAGCGAAGAUCCUGAGUCGAUGAUGUCUUGGAUUGAAGCCAUUCAGGCCAAUAACAACCCGGAUGAAGAUGAAAAUGGUGUGAGUAGUCAAAGUCUGAUCAUCAGGAGAAUGAAAACGGUGGAACAAGAGACUUCUGGUACAACAGCUGCUUCGUCUGGUCACAAGAUGUCACCUCCAGUAAACACCAAAAUACACAGCCUUGGAAUAUCAAACAUCAAGAAGAGCCUGUCAUUCAGGAAUAUCACCGCUGGACCGAAAGGUGAAGGUGGAAAAAACCAUGGAAACAAAUUCACCAAGAAGCGGAAGAAACCUCAACACCCAAAUAGUUACCCGUCAGGGCACUCAGUUGGCGUACCAUUAGAGCUGUGUCCAUCAUCCAAGUCUAACAAGUUUGUGCCUUUGAUCGUGGAACACUGUUGUGAGGUAGUAGAGAAGAAGGGACUGGAGACCGUUGGUGUCUACAGAGUUCCUGGAAAUUCCGCUGCUGUCACUGCUUUACAAGAAGAGCUCAACAACAGAGGGAUUGAAAAUAUUUGUUUGGAAGAAGAGAAGUGGAAUGAUGUUAAUAAUAUCACAAGCCUUAUGAAACUAUUCUUGCGGAAGUUGCCGGAGGGUCUUGUUACUGCAGAUUUGUACGAUGGAUUUAUUGAAGCCAAUAAGAAGGAAGACGCCACAGAAAGGAUGUGGGCGAUAAGAUCCAUGGUGCAAGAGUUGCCUGAUUAUAACUUUGAAACACUCAAAUCACUUGUGAAUCAUUUGAAGCUGGUGUCAGAUAACUGUGACAAGAACAAGAUGGAAGUACGUAACCUGGCCAUUGUGUUUGGCCCAACCAUCAUAAGGACUGGGGACGACUCCAUGAUGGCCAUGGUGAAAGACAUGUCGGACCAGUGUCGCAUAGUUGAAACACUUAUAUCCGAGUGCGAUUGGUUUUUUGAGGAGUCUGAAGGUGACGAAUGUCCAGUGAAGGCCCUCCCACCAGGCCAAGAAACCCUUCAAGAACAUAUCCUGUCUCAAAAUGUAUUGAGUUCUUUAGGACAAGUUGCUGUAAAUUUCGGAGAUGAUGGGUCAUAUAAACCGAAGUCCAGCGGAAUAUCUCUUCAUAUCCCAAAGUUCCGAAGUGGUAAAAGUUCAAAGUCCGACUCGGGUCAGGGCAGCUCCUCUGAUGGACCGCUGUCCGAUUCUCAGGGAUCCGAGGGUUCGCCUCCUCUUGAGAGAUCUCCAGUGGUGAGAGUUCUGUCAGGUGACGGGUCGAGAUCUAACUCUCCUACCAUGGAACGAUCAACAAGAUUCAGCGGCAAGAGGAGCACAGAGAGCGCCCCAGGCUCUCUCCAGUUGGUGUUAGAACCCCCAGACGCAGAGUUUAGAGCUAAAGGACCAGGUUCCCUCAAGGCUUAUUCAUACGCAAUGCCACCCCCUCCGUCAUAUCGACGUGUUAGCUCCCAGAAAAGAUCGAGCAGUCCUGGGUCACCUGAGCAGCCGCUUGCACCUUUUGAUGUCACUUUUGCCAUGGUGCAGGAUACAGAGACGAAGAAGUCACCUGACGAACCACCCAGUGACCAGGACAACACUCCCAAGCCGAGCUUCUCUUCCUUCAGUGAAGAGACGCGCCGGAGGCUGCUGAGGCUUAACCUUCAAAAGAAAGCCGCGGAGAAGAGGCGACAGAGUGAAGACAGGGGAGUGACAUCCCCGACGUCACCGCAUAGUGAAAGGAGCGUGGAUGUACCGCGUGAGCGGAAGAUGUCGGAUCAGGGCGUGUUUGAGAGUACUGAUCAGCCGAGUAGUAGCAGCACUAGCCGCAGUAGCAGUACGCACAGCAGCAAGAACCCGUCGCUAGAUUCGCUUCAUGUUACGGUUCAACCUUACCAGGAUAAAAUGGCUGGUGUAACUGUUCACAGCGAAGCAGCGCGUAUAAACAAUAGCGUGAAGGCAAUGCCUUUUCCAAACGAGGUGGUCCAUCACGAGCCAUCGCCAAGAUCCGACGAAACCGUGGUGGCUGUUGUGAAAGGGAGAGGAGUAGUGUCUGGGACACUGAGGCAGUUGGAAACGUCUAGGAGGCCAGCUAGUCUGGAUCUCAAGACAAAACGAGACAGCUCGGAAGAGCACCGCCUGGCCAGAAGAUCCUUGGGUUCUGAAGAGAGCAGUGAUACCUCCAGCGACGAAGGAAACGAAUGCGCCAUCAGUAUGUCCAGGACAUUUGACGAAAAGCUACGGAUUUUACUGGAUUUGGAGAACACAUAUGGAAAUAAGGAAAGCAGAGUUGAGUCACAAAACGAUGGGGAUAGAUCUUCUGUGAGAGGCGAACCUCUAAAGAGACCAAUCCCGAGUGGCGUAGAUAUGGCACAACGGCGAUCAUCCGUUGAACCAGGCAGAAUCUACAAAAUUGUUGGAGUGAGCCCCUCAACUGAUUCUCAAGGAGAAAUGUCCAGCGCAUCAAAUUCUGAAACAACAACAACUCCAAGGAAGGCAGAAAAUCCAGUAAGAGAGCGGAAAUCAAACAGUGUAAUAGAAAUAAACACUAGUAAAUAUUUUACGGUCCCUUCAUCUGACGAUCGGCCGAAGUCGCAGCCUUCCUCCCCACCGAGGAGGGUCAGCGUUGAAAGCACACCCGAGGUUUCUUCCAGAAAGGUGGGUACGUUACGGCAGAGAUUUGAGAGCACCUCAAGUAGACUGUCUGACAACACGACACCUCGGAGUAGUAGCCAAAAUAGGGGGAGAGAUUUCCCAUCUUCCUUUGCUGCUCGGAGAAAAAUCGGAUCCGUUCAUACAACGACUCCGGUUUCGUUGAAAGAGUUUAACGUCAAACCAAGUGUUACGAAGACUCCAGGGGGUCAGCCUGUUCAAGUGGCAGGGAGCUCGCGGGGCAUGAAACGAGAAACAGCACAGAGACCACCAGAGAGCCGAACGGUGAGCUCAAGGAAUAUUCGGCUUGAGUCCAGCCCAGCAAAACACUUAUCCACAUCACCAGCUAGAUUCAGCUCUGGAAGAACUGAUAGAGGCCUCGACUGGAAUGUGCCACGGUCAAGAAUGAAUGUUUCUUUAGUCAACGACAGGUCAAAAGGGCAGCCAGUCGUAACUAAAACACAGGCAGCGCCCAGAGUAGUGAGUAGAGAGUAUGGAACCAAAUCUAAACUCUUAUCUCACAAAGACUCUGCUAAAGAGCUACUGCCUUCUAAAGCUAGGAUACCGUCAAGGGACGCAAGAGGCUCUCAGACCCAGCGUAAGCUGGAGAAGGACGCACAACACAUCGCUGAGUUACUGGAGGAGAUGCACAGCGAGCGACAUUUGCACUUGUCUCGUCAGCAGUCAGACAUUUCAGGACAGGCGCAGAAAGCCGCUGCCCAGCGUGCUGCUUUCCGCAGCCGCAGGCGUUCAUUGGGAGAUGAUAACAACCCCAGUCUUGUACAACAGAGGCCGACCUCACCUGGGCAAGAAAAGGAAAGUUUGCCUGUUUAUAAAGGAAGGGAAGUAAGCCAAGGAAACUACCGCGCAUGGCCUCGCGAAGUUGACUCAAGACCAGAUAGCCCGCAGCGUGGAAGCCGUGGUGUUUAUACCGUCACGAGCUGACGUCUGCAUCGUUACAUAACAUAUUAGUGAUGGAAAUAGUUCAGCUGACCCAAAUUGCUGGCUUGUACGACCUCGAGCCACUUUGAUUCCAACCUUUUACCCCUUUGGCUUUUUGAUCCUUUCUUUAACUGUUUUUAACUAAAAUAUUUCAUUGUUCUUUUUUUUCUUUUUUUCAUAAGCACGUAGAAAAAAAUAUUUAUAUAUAAAUAUGUAUCUUUGUAUUUUUAAGAAAUCUUAAUCAUUGUCACGCAAUAUCUCUGUAUUAUUGUAAUCAAAUUAUUUUAGCAAAUAGAAAGAAUGCUGCUUUUUAAACCCCUUUUUGAUCUUUUGAAGCUGUUGUAAGCUUCAGUGAGCAGCGGAAAAUGCUUGGAGACCUGUAAAAAUUGAUUUCUACUUUCCAUUUGUCAUGUUAUAACAAAAACAAAAAGAAUGCAUUGCGAGAUUGAAGGCAUAUUUUAACUUCUAGGGCCAUGUUCCCUUCUAGGAAUAGUGAAAGUAAGUUAUUGGUAAUAUAUAUUUCCUUCAGUAUCAAGGGAAAAGUACUCUGAUUGUAAACAGAGGGUCAAAUUUUAAUGGUUUUGUUGUACAGAAAAAAAUUUGCAGCUAGGUCAGUGGUGACGCUUUGGUUGCGCAUUUUGUUAUCUUGUUGAUGGUACGACGUCACUCGCUGUGCUUAUAAGUCUGCUCACAGACCUUUAUGUUAUAAAACUUUUGUUUUUUUCGUGGAAAAAUUUUUAAUUAUUACUUCAUCUUCCAUUUCUUCAUAUGUAAGAUAAAGUUAUUUUUUCGACGAAGUGCUAUUCUGAAAAAUUGAGUCGCCCAACGUUUUUUAUAAAAAAUUAAUUCAUUUAAUAAAAGUUUACAAGACUGCAAAUUAUUAAAAGUAAGAGCCUCAUUCUUUGUUAACCCUUUUUUACUCCCAUGAGUGACCAAGACAGAAUUUCACCUCACAAUAUCAAUUCAAUAUCAAACAGACAAGUAAUGAGAAUCAAGAAAAUUAUCAACUGAAUGUAGUUGAUCUAGUACUAAAUUCUCCAAACCUACAUCAUAAAAAUUGUGUGAUAGACAGUAAGGAGAAUUUCUAAUCAGAUCAUGGGAGUGAAUGGGUUACGACUUAAAAGAUUUCUAUUUUUAAAUCAUUUUUAUAUCUUACCUGUGCGAAAAAAGGCUUCUAUAAAUUUCAAUGUUCCACUUGCAAGCGCGUAGCCUUGUAAGGUUUGUAUAGUUUGUUAUCAAGGGUGUAUUCUUAUAUCAAUAUAUAGAAGUAUUUCUGCCUUAGUGUGAAAAGUUAUGUGGACAAUUGAGGCUGCGCGAUAAUUGUGGUAAUUAAUGUUAAUUUUCGUUUCGGAUAACUGAAUGGAGUAAGUAUCGACAUGGUAUCGAGGAAGUCGUGAUGACAAGUCAAUUUUUUCGUUCAAAUGUGUCCUACAGCUUUACCAACAAACCGUGAGUGGUACUGCUAAAAUUUGUUGUAGAAAAUUUUUUGCACCUCUGUUCCUGAACUUUUUAACUUUUUUAAACUGUUUUGUUCACAUUUGUUUGAGGAAUUUAUGGUUAGGAGGCAUCUAAAUCCUCGAAGCCUCCAAGUGGAGUAUUUUUCAAAUCCGCACACCAUCACUCGUGGAAUGUAACAGAAUCGUCUUUCAAUAAUCACUACUAGGCUUCAAAUUGUCGUGGAAAUGGACUUGUCUUCACGAUUUACUUUAGUAUUUUCCCUAUCCUAAAUGCAAUUGUAGAUUGCGGGCGAAUUGAAUGACUGUUUAAUACUGUAAGUUAUUUACAGCGAAUUGAUUAAAAAUCAAAUGUAUUGUGAGUAUAUUAA